GAAGCUCAAAUAUAGCAGAUGACCCUGUAGCACAUGGUGAGGAAAAGACAAAAGUUGGUCAAGGCACAGAGUAGGAGAGGAGAACACACCAGUGUACUGAGGGACAGUCAGACACACAUACUUCAGCAUGUCUGGAUGUGCAGAGCUCAGCUUCAACGUGGACAACGGAUACCUGGAGGGGCUUGUCCGUGGGUUCAAAGCUGUAAUCCUGAAACGGGUGGACUACAUCAACCUGGCACAGUGUGAAACGCUGGAGGACCUCAAGCUACAUCUCCAAAGCACAGACUAUGGGAACUUCCUUGCCAAUGAGAAUGAGGAUCUGACCGUGUCCAGGAUUGAUGAUAAAAUGAAAGAGAAGCUGUUCACAGAGUUCCGCUGCCUCCGCUCCCAUUCUGUGCAGCCGCUGUCCACCUUCCUGGAUUACAUCACCUACAGCUACAUGAUAGACAAUGUGAUACUUCUCAUCACGGGGGCAGUUCACCAACAGCCCGUGUCGGAGCUGCUGCCUCGGUGCCACCCCCUGGGCAACUUUGAGCAGAUGGGAGCCGUUAGCAUUGCUCAGAACUCCACAGAGCUGUAUAACGCAAUCAUGGUUGACACACCACUCGCUCAGUUUUUUCAGGAUUCACUGUCUGAAAUGAACCUGGAUGAGAUGAAUGCUGAGAUCUUGAGGAACAAACUAUAUAAGUCCUAUUUAGAGUCAUUCCACAAGUUCUGCAAAGAGAAUGGAGGAACAACCAAGGAAAUAGUGUGUCCAAUCCUAGAGUUUGAGGCAGACCGCCGAGCCUUCAUCAUCACAGUGAACUCAUUUGAAACGGACCUUAGUCAGGACGAGAGGAGCCAGCUGUACCCCACGUGUGGCAAGCUAAACCCAGAGGAGCUGCGCAUGCUGGCUAGUGCCGAAGACCAUGAGCAUGUCAAAGCUGUGGCCGACCAUCACUCUGAUUACAAGCUCAUCUUUGAAGGAUCAGGGGACAGUUCCAGUGACAGGACACUGGAAGGCAGAUUCUUUGAAUAUGAGGUGAAACUGAACACUCUGGCAUUCCUGAACCAGUUUCAUUUUGGGUUGUUUUAUGCCUACAUCAAGCUGAAAGAGCAAGAGAUCAGGAACAUUGUGUGGAUUGCAGAGUGCAUUGCACAGAGACAGAGGUCUAAGAUUGACAACUACAUCCCCAUUUUUUAGACUAGAAAAAAUACAUAUAAAAAAUAUUCAAAAUAACGCCAUAACACAACUCUUUGCUUUAUCCCCACAUGAACAAUGGUGGCCCUUCAUGAGGCUCUGCUGCCAAGGGCAUUUUUGUUCCUUUGAACCCCCUGGACAAGCUGAUCCCACUCGCCUUAUCUUAAUGAAAAUCAUUCAGAAUGUUGAUGGUGACUUACUCCAGUGUGUGUAUGAUGAAAAGAUGAGUCCUACUCAUACAAGGAUUUUUUUUUGUAAUAAUAUAAAGACACAGCUCAUUUCUCUUUCCAUUUCUUACA